AUGAUUUUUUCCUUUGAUCUCCCACUCUUUUCUCUUAUUCCACUGCUUGUUCUGUUAAUUUUCUUAUUACUGCCUUUUAAAUGGCUCUCAUCUGUUGUAGAAAGAAACAAGAACCCACCACCCUCCCCGCGAAAGCUUCCAGUGAUUGGAAAUUUACACCAAAUAGGUUCAAAACCACACCACUCUCUAAAUGACUUGGCCCAAGUACAUGGUCCAGUCAUGCUGAUUCACAUGGGGAGUGUGCCGAUGGUUGUGGCCUCCACAGCUGAAGCAGCCGGAGAAAUCCUGAAAACCCAUGAUGCAGCGCUCUGCAACCGACCCAAAUUGAAUCUACCCCAUGUGCUUACUUAUGGUUCUAAGGACUUGGUAUUUUCUUCAUAUGGAGAGUAUUGGAGGCAGAUCAAGAGCAUUGCGGUGCUCCAUCUUCUAAGUAACAGAAGAGUUCAAUCAUUUCGACGUGUGAGAGAAGAUGAGACGAGAGUUAUGAUCGACAUGAUUAGAGAAAGUCGUGGUUCUUUAGUUGAUUUGAGUGACUUAUCUCUUACACUUACAAACAACGUAGUUUGUAGGGCGACCCUCGGAAGGACAUAUCCCGAGUUCGAGUUCAAGCACUUGUUGAAAAGGUUAUCGUUCCUGAUCGGCGUAUACAGCAUCGGAAAUUAUAUUCCGUGGUUGUCAUGGGUGGAUUGGUUGAAUGGCUUACAGCGUUCAGCACAUGAAGUUGCUAAAGAAUUUGAUUACUUUAUCGAGGGUGUGAUCGGAGAACAUAUAAACAAGAAAAAAGGACUGGAUAUAGAUGCUGAAAGUGAUAUAAGUCUAGAUUUUGUAGAUAUCUUACUAGAUGUUCAAAGUAAAACUGCAACCAGCUUAACCACCCAGAGUGUUAAAGCUCUCAUCCUUGACAUGUUUGCUGGCGGGACGGAUACUACACCCCCAAGCAUAGAAUGGGCCAUGAGCGAGCUAAUAAAACACCCACGAAUGAUGAAAAAGCUGCAGCAAGAAGCAAGAGAAGUAGCACAAGGAAGAUCCAUGAUUAACGAAGAGGACUUAGAGAAAAUGCAGUACCUGAAAGCUGUGAUCAAAGAGACACUGCGGUUGCAUCCUCCAGCUGUGCUACUCUUGCCUCGAGAAGCAAUAAAAGAUGUCAAAUUAAUGGGGUAUGACGUUAAAGCAGGCACACAAGUGGUAGUCAAUACUUGGGCCGUAGGAAGAGAUCCUUCAGUAUGGGAAGAAGCCAACAAGUUUAGGCCAGAGAGGUUUCUAAACAGUGACAUUGAUUAUAAAGGGCUUCACUUUGAGUUGCUUCCGUUUGGUGGUGGCCGGAGAGGGUGUCCGGGCCUUCAGUUUGCUGUAGCGAUCAUUGAGCUCUCUUUGGCAAAUUUAGUGUACAAAUUUGAUUUCCAACUGCCAGAUGAAAAACGAGGGGAAGAACUGGACAUGAGCGAGACCACUGGCACUGUUGUCCACAGGAAGUCCCCUUUACUGGUCAUGGCGACUCCUCGUUUCUAG